UGCUCGGCUCAGGGAAUAGUUUCCAGCCGGCACAGUCCAUGUUGGAGUCGUGGUCAGGGCAGCGAUGGCGGCGGAGCGCAGGGCCUUCGCACAAAAGAUAAACAGGACUGUGGCAUCAGAGGUCCGGAAGCAAGUCUCCAGGGAAUAUGGGGGCUCUCCGCAGCUUUCAAAGAAAAGAGCAGGCAGUCAGCAAUCUGUUCCACUGUCCGAAGUGGUGGAGCCGUUGGAAAUUGAGGACUACCUCACUAAUCACCCACCUGAUGCUGAAUGUGAGGAGCUUAGGGAUCUUUAUGACUUUCCUCCUGAUGACAUUGAGAUCCUUUACGAGCCUAGAGAAUGUCGCACUUUGGAGCCAGCCGCACCAGAAGAGGGAAAGCUGGAUGUGAGGGUUCGUGAUGCGUUAAAGGUUUACACCCAUGACUGGGUGAUUGUCCAAAGGAGAUCUCAGGGACUCAGCACAGCCUACACUCCAAUCACUGCUGAGCGGCAACGACAGCGGCAAAAGACCUUGAGUCGACAGGUGUAUGAACUGGAUGAAGCCAUGGAGGAAAGAGGAGCUCAGGAAGAUCAGGAGGACCGGAAGCGUGCGUCUGUCUCUAUGGAUGAGACCCCCAGAGGAAGCUGGGCUUCCAGUAUCUUUGACCUGAAGAACUCGUCUCCAGACAACCUGCUCCCUGGAUUACUUGAGAGAACACCAACAGAAGAGAUGGAUCGACUAAACCAGGAACUGCGCAAGGAGAGCCGCCAUUCUCAAAUCCUGACUCUUUACUCUGCCCCUGACGAGGACGAAGCUGUAGAGCGAACAGCCGUACCUGAGGUCCCCAAGGAACACUUUGGGCAGAGGAUCCUGGUAAAAUGCCUGUCACUUAAGUUUGAGAUAGAGAUUGAGCCAAUAUUUGGAGUCAUGGCCCUCUAUGACGCUAAAGAAAAGAAAAAGAUAUCAGAAGGUUUCCACUUUGACUUGAACACCGACUCUGUGAAGAACAUGUUGCGGGCACAAGGCGGACAUUCAUCUCCCUCUACACUGGCAAGAUCUGCCAUCUUCUCCAUCACCUACCCCUCUCCAGACAUAUAUCUCGUUAUCAAGUUGGAGAAGGUUUUACAGCAGGGGGAUAUAGGAGAGUGCUGUGAGCCGUACAUGGUGCUGAAAGAAAGUGACGCAAUCAAGAACAAGGAGAAGGUAGACAAGCUGAAAGCACAAGCUGAGCAGUUCUGCUCGAGGCUCGGUCGAUAUCGAAUGCCAUUUGCAUGGACGGCCAUUCACCUGAUGAAUAUCGUCAACAGCAUAGGAACCACAGACCGGGACUCAGACUCGGACAGUGGUAAUGAGCGAAAAGGCACAUGGAAUGAGAGGAAGAGGAAAGCCUUUGAAAGGCUGAGUGUGGGAGAUGAAGUCUGUGGAUUCACCUCUUUCCGUCCAGCAACACUUACCGUCACCAACUUCUUCAAACAGGAAGGUGACCGUCUCAGUGAUGAAGAUCUGUACAAGUUUCUGGCUGAUAUGAAAAGACCAUCAUCAGUACUACGGAGACUUCGACCAGUAACCGCACAACUGAAGAUAGACGUAUCUCCAGCCCCUGAUAUACCUCAGUUCUGUUUGUCCCCUGAGCUUCGUCAUGUUAAACCGUACCCUGACCCACGUGUCCGACCCACAAAGGAAAUUCUGGAGUUUCCUCCUCGGGAUGUGUACUCACCCUACACUUCUUAUCAGAAUCUCCUAUAUGUGUAUCCACGGAGCCUGAACUUCAGCAGCCGGCAGGGAUCAGUAAGAAAUAUUGCAGUGAAGGUCCAGUACAUGGCAGGAGAAGAUCCCAACCAAGCCAUGCCGGUAAUCUUUGGAAAAUCAAGCUGCAGCGAGUUCUUCAGUGAGGCGCACACCGCCGUGGUGUAUCACAACAAAUCUCCUGAAUUCUAUGAAGAAUUUAAGAUGAAAAUUCCAGGCAAUCUAACAGAAAAUCACCACCUCCUCUUCACUUUCUACCACGUCAGCUGUAGGCAGAAUCAGAGCUCGGGGUUGGAGACUCCGGCUGGGUAUACGUGGAUUCCUCUGAUGCAGCAUGGAAGGCUGCGCACUGGUCCCUUCGCACUUCCUGUGUCCGUGGAAAAACCUCCCCCCAGUUAUUCAGUGCUGACCCCUGAUGUUCAGCUUCCUGGAAUGAAAUGGGUGGAUAACCACAAACCAGUUUUCACGGUGGACCUUGUGGCUGCUUCCUCUGUCCACACACAGGACCCUCACUUGGACAAGUUCUUCACUCUUGUCCAGGUUAUGGAGGAGCAGAGCUUCCCCUUUAGACUGAAAGAUGCCAUCAUUACAGAAAACAAUGUGGAAUCAGAGCUCCGUAGUAGUAUGGGCAACCUGCGUCUUGCUGCGCUCGGGCCUGCUGUCUGCUUCUGCCACCAACUGCUGGACAAACUCAUACUUCUCAUUGUCCGCCCCCCAAUCAUCGGGGGACAGAUUGUAAACCUAGGCCGUGCAGCCUUUGAAGUAAUCGCCCUGCUGGUGAGCCAGAUUCACCGUACCCUUGAAGGAGCUCAGGACCAGCAUGGCAGGAAUGGGCUCCUGGCAUCGUACCUACAUUUUGCCUUCCAUUUACCCAGUGAUAUGCCUGCACAAUUGCACAGCUCUCAUCCUGGUUCCACGGCCACGUCUGCUGUGCACUCUGCCACGCUCUCCCGUGCUACUGGCCGCCCCAGUAGCCUUAACCUUGCUCGCUGUAGGAGCAUCAGCAACAGUAACCCUGAUCUAACGAGCACUCCAGAUUCCACGGACGAUGAGGAGGUCCAGAAAAUUAUGGGGGGCAAGGGUAUCGAUCGCUCGCACUCUUGGGUGAAUUCUGCUUAUUGCCCAGGGGGUCCAAAAUCUGUGCAACGCCGGACCCAGCCCAGCUCCAACACUGAGCUCCGACAGGCUUACGAGCGGAGCCCUAACCGCACAUCCUGCUUCUUGGAGGGCGGAUCCAUCACUGCCCAACCACGUCCAACAGCCAAAAAGCUCUUACAUGAGGAAUUGGCUUUGCAGUGGGUGGUGAGUGGCAGUGCUGUGCGUGAGGCAGCUUUAAGUCAGGCUUGGUUCUUCUUUCAGCUCAUGACCAAGAGUAUGACUCUUCACCUUCACAACUCUGAAAGAUUGGACGCCCCUCGAAAACAGAGAUUUCCAGAACGGUUUGUUGACGACAUCCUGGCUCUUGUGACCAAUAUUUGCACAGACAUCACCAGUAGAUAUCUCAAGGAUGGAGAGUUAGUUGAGCGUUUAAACAGCAGCCUUGCCUUCUUCCUAAACGAUCUCUUGUCCCUGGUGGAUAGACAUUUUGUUUUCAAUCUCAUCAGAACUUAUUACAAACAGAUAAAUAAUAAGUUGGGGAAGGCGCAGAAUGCAAACGUACUCAUCUCACUGCGUAUGGAUCUAAUCCGCAUUGUAUGCUCCCAUGAACACUAUGUAGCACUGAACCUACCGUGUGGCAGCCUCUCACCUCCUAGUUCACCGUCUCCCUCCAUUUCUUCCACUGCUUCACAGGGUUCCGUGUUCUCCAGCCCAGCCCAAGACAGGACAAUCACUAAUAUGUUCGAGCUGUCUGUCCCAUUCAGGCAACAGCAUUUUCUGUCUGGUCUGGUGUUGACCGAGUUGGCCAUGAUAUUGGAGCCAGAUGUGGAAGGCGUAUUCUUCCUCCAGAAGAAGUCUAUCAGCACAUUACACAACCUCCUGUGCAGUCAUGACACUGACCCCCGAUAUUCCAAGCCAGUCGUCAAAGAGCGUGUCGCCCGGCUUUACCUUCCAUUGAUUGGAGUAGUCUUGGAAACCCUUUCUCAGCUGUAUGACUUCACAGCUGAACCCCAUUCACAAAGAGUACGGCACGCAUCGGCCAUAGCGGACGAAGUAGACGCAGAUGGAACCUUCAUCAGUCCUGCUGUUGCCAAUGCUAUUGCUGGAUCUCCUUUACCGGUCGUGCAUAAAACAUGCAGCUUCCCUCUGCCGUCUCCGCCGGUCCGUGCAGGUAAUGCUCUCUCGGCGGAGUCCAGUCGCAAUCUGUUAGUAUGUGCGUUGUGGGUCUUAAAGAAUGCCGAACAAGACGUUCUACAGCGCUGGUUCUCUGGACUCUCCGUCCUGCAGCUCACACGGCUCCUAGAACUCUUAAGCCUCUGUGUGUCCUGCUUCCAGUACAAGGGCACCAAGGCAUUUGAACGAAUAAACAGCAUGACAUUUAAAAAGUCUCUGGAUAUGAAGGCACGGCUGGAGGAAGCCAUACUUGGAACAAUAGGAGCCCGUCAAGACAUGGUGAAACGCAGUCGAGAACGCAGUCCAUAUGGCAGCCAGGAAAAUGUACGAUGGAGGAAAAACAUUACGCAAUGGAAACCAACUGGAGAGAAAACAGAAAAGACACAAGCCGAGCGGGAGCUGGAGGUCACUGUGGAUGGAAACAUGUCCACUGAGGCCAAUCUAGUGGUGUUGGAUACUCUGGAGAUCAUAGUGCAGACGGUGAUGAUGUCAGAGCUGAAGGAGAGCAUCUUGGGAGGUGUUCUUAAAGUUCUAUUGCACAGCAUGGGAUACAACCAGAGUUCAGUCUACCUGCAGCAUUGCUUCACCAGCCAGAGGUCCUUGGUGUGCAAAGGUGGUCUUUUCGAAGCAGUGAAUGAAGUCUACAAACUGCUUAUCCCCAUCUAUGAAGCCAAUCGGGAUUAUAAGAAGCUGUCGUCUGUUCACGGCAAGUUACAGGAUGCUUUCAACAAGAUCACGAACCAGAUCACAGGCUGGGAGCGUAUGUUUGGAACGUAUUUUCGAGUUGGAUUUUAUGGCUCCAAAUUCGGGGACCUGGACGACCAAGAGUUUGUAUAUAAAGAGCCAUCUAUAACCAAACUAGCAGAGAUAUCUCACCGCCUCGAGGAAUUUUACACAGAGCAGUUUGGUGAAGGGAAUGUCCAGGUCGUGAAGGAUUCAAAUCAUGUGGAUAAAACCAAACUUGAUCCCAACAAGGCAUACAUUCAGAUUACUUACGUGGAGCCCUUCUUUGACACGUAUGAGCUAAAGGAUCGAGUCACCUACUUUGAUAAGAACUACAACCUUCGCACGUUUCUAUUCUGUACUCCAUUCACACUGGACGGCCGGGCACAUGGGGACCUGCACGAGCAAUACAAACGCAAGACUGUGCUCACGACUUCAAAUGCCUUUCCCUACAUCAAGACUCGUGUUAAUGUGCUACAUCGAGAGGAGGUGGUCCUUAUCCCAGUAGAAGUGGCCAUUGAAGACAUGCAGAAGAAGACACAGGAGUUGGUGUUUGCUACCCACCAGGAUCCAGCAGAUGCCAAGAUGUUGCAGAUGGUCCUACAGGGAUGCGUUGGAACAACUGUAAACCAGGGUCCCCUUGAGGUCGCUCAGGUGUUUUUGGCGGAGAUUCCAGAAGACCCACGUCUAUACCGACUCCACAACAAAUUACGCCUCUGUUUCAGAGAUUUCACAAAGAGCUGUGAGGAUGCCUUGCGAAAGAACAAAAGUCUUAUUGGUCCGGACCAGCGAGAAUAUCAGAGGGAGCUCGAGAGGAAUUACCUGCGACUGAGAGAGGCACUCAACCCUUUAACAUCUCGCAAGAUCCCACAGCUGUAUAGCGACCUGCUGCCUCACACCAGCGCCAGAGACUCCAUUAACCGCUCCAGCCUACGCAGGAUUGAAGCAUGAGAUUUACCUACGUGUGGUCAUUCAACAGAUCACUGCCACAGAGGAUAAAUCCUAUAUGAUGCAACUCUCCUCCAACACCUUUCAGGAAAACUGCAGAGUUGGUGGAAGAAGUGGGAUUUCAAUCUAAAGUUGCACAAAGUACUGAGCGAAGCUCUUCAUCUGAUUGGACAUUGCUGCGACGGGAAGCCCCAUGUGUGGGGAGAUAGAGACAAUGAUUCUGCUUCGAACAUUUGUUACCAAAAAGUUUUCACACUGCACUAGAUUUUUUUAUUCUUAUAUGAAUAUGGCUAUUAUGCUGCCUUGGCAGUAAAAGGGUUUGAUGGGAAUUCUUUUUAUAGGGGAAGCAUUAAUUAAUUGGCCCUAGCAGACUUGUGUAACUCUCAGGGACCCGUUUUAGCCCAUGAACUGAUGAGCAAACACACACACUGAUUACACUAUUUAAUUGCAAAGUUCCGCUCCAAUAUUUUUAAAUCCAUUCCCUCCCCCCUUAUACCUGUUUAAUUUAUCUUUUUUAUGGGCAUUUAGGAUUUUAAAUAUGGCGUCUGUGGCCCAGGGGUUUAGUAGUGUUAGAGAAAGGUCCCAUAUACAGAAUGGCUUCUUUGUGAAAUUUUGCAAAACCUGUUAGUCUAGAAAGCAGUGUGAGAAUUACUAGUUAAAAAGAAGGUAGAGAAGGCUGUGUUUGUUUAAAAGGAUAUUGACCAUAAUGUAUAAUGCCCCUUAAAUGGGCAAUGAAACCAAACUGUAUUUAGCACUUUCAAUCUGUCUCAGUGUCACGGUCUGCCGUGCUGUCAUUCAGUCAUGGAUCAAUGCACCUCAAAUUGGGCGAGCCUUAUGGAUCAGUGCACCUCAAAUGUAUUUUGUGAGUGUUCUUUUAACUAGGUGGGUGACAACUUUUAAUUUGACAAAGAAAACAGAGCGAAAAGAGAAAACUGUCACCCAUUGAGACGGGGCAUUAAAAGUAUGCUUCAGGUGUCACAACAAAGGAAUGAUCAUCACACUGGAAGAGAGCAGGUUUAUUAUUACUUUAUAUGCUUAAUCUGGGGUCAUUGUGCAUUUUUUUUUUUUUUUUUUUUUAAAUCUGCUGUCACUUAGUUUUCCUGUGUCUUACCUGCUGUCAAUCAAUGUCCCUGUGUUUUACCUGUUGUCAUUCACUGUCACAAUGUCUGUUCUGCUGUCAGUCAGUGUCACUGAGUCUAUCCUGCUGUCAAUGUAAUUUAGUCUGUCCUUCCAUCCUGUCUGUU